UGUUUGGGGAAAGCCAGAAAUCAGUUCUGGCUUUCUCUCACUAUGUGGCCAUGCUGCUGUCUGUAAAUAACGCUUCCGAUUGAAAUUACUGAGCUCGUAAUUGGAAUGGAUCCAGGGCUUGACACAAACAAAGUUUUUCUGCAGCAGCAAGCUUGAAUGGCCUUUUGAAGUGUAUAAUAAUAUAGUGAAACAUUUGUGUGCUGAUGGAACUUCUAGGGAAGAUCAGACUUCCUUGUGUGGAUUCUAACAGGAUUUCUCUUUUUAUUCCAGCAGGGGAUGAGCAGUGGAAUGAGGGUGAUGAGACAGUGCUAAAUAAAGUCCAGAACGAAGAUUUGGAAGCAAUCUUCAGGAAUCGAGACGGACUUAACAAGCAGAAAGGAAGUCACAUGACUGAAAAUAGGGAUAAACCUAUUUCAUGCCAAGGGCAGCAUUUUAGUGAACUACUCCAAACAGCAGAGGAAGCACAUAAGUGCUUGGAAUGUGGGAUGACCAUUUCACCUCAAAGCCAGUAUGAGUUUCAUCUGCAAAUGCACAGUGGAAAGAAGACCCAUCAAUGCUUGCAGUUGGAAAAAAAUUAUGUUCUCAGAACAGAGCUACCUAGCCAUCAAAGAACAUAUAAUGGAGAGCAACUUUAUACCUACACAGACUGUGCCAAGAGCUUCUUAGGAAAAUCUGAUCUUUCUCAAAACCAUUGUGGGAAUCAUUCAGGAGAGAAUCCAUCAAUCCACAUAAAGAGUGGAAAACCCUUCUCUGAUCAAACAAAGGGUAAUGUACAUCUUCCAAAGCACAGUAUAAUAAGGGCACAUAAAUGUUUUUGGUGUGGAAAGAUCUUCAGCUGCCGAUCAAAGCUCCUGGUGCACCAAAGACCUUUUGAAUGCUCAGAGUGCGGAAAGAGAUUCUGUUGGAGCGGCAGUAUUCAAAGGCAUCAAAGAACACACACAAAGGAGAGGCCUUUUGAAUGCUCAGACUGUGGAAAGAGAUUCCGUUGGAGCGGCAGUCUUCAAAAACACCAAAGAACUCACACAAAGGAGAGACCUUUUGAAUGCUCAGAGUGUGGAAAGAGAUUCAGUCAGAGCAGCAGUCUUCAAACGCAUAAAAGAACUCACACAAAGGAGAGACCAUUUGAAUGCUCAGAGUGUGGAAAGAGAUUCAGUCGGACUGGCACUCUUCAAACGCAUAAAAGAAUUCACACAAAGGAGAGACCCUUUGAAUGCUCAGAGUGCAGAAAGCGAUUCCGUUGGAGCGGCAGUCUUCAAAUGCAUCAAAGAACACACACAAAGGAGAGACCUUUUGAAUGCUUAGACUCUGGAAAGCGAUUUUGUUUUAGCAGCAGUCUUCAACAGCAUCAAAGGACAGACACCGAGACCUUUUGAGCAGAGACCUUUUGAAUACUGAGAGUGUGGAAAGAGAUUAAGUCAGUAUGGCCAUCUUCAGCGCAUCAAAAAAGCUCACGCAAAGGAGAUCUGUUGAAUGCUCAGAGUGUGGGAACCUAUACCCUUGGAGUGGCAGUCAUCAAACACAUCAUGAACUCACACAAGGGAGAGACCUUUGUAGUGCUCAUUGUAAACCCCCUGUCCACUCUCAGAUGAACUACCCCUAUUUGAUCCUCUUCUCGUAAUAAUUUGGAGGGCACCGCCUGGAUUGCAGAAAGUGCAUUUUUAUGCUCAGUGUGUGGAGAUUCACUCUGCAUGACUAGUUCUCUUGUUCUUUUUGUUCUUUUCUUGAUCUUCACUCUGAUUAUUAAACGACUUCUGCUUA